AUGCUUAUUCCUGAUGCCGUUCAGACCCUUUCGGCGGCAUUUUCUUUUGGUACCGUCCUGCAAGCCGUCCUCGGCGCUCUUCUCAUAUUUUACAGAGGUCAUGGUUCGACCAUUUUCAAGGACGGCCCGAGGCUGGUCCUCCUUCUCUUCUUCUUAUUUGCAGCCCUGUGGGCUCAGGUCGAAUUUGUCAGCCUCCUCCUCGCAAAGGACAUGGCGAAUAUCUGCCAAUUAACGAUCCUCUUAUCCACCAUUUUUGAUCAACUAGCCAGGGUUACGAUAGAGCAGUUUUUUAUGUGGUCGAUUGGUGGAACUAAAGUCACACCGGGACGCUUAAUAUUGCAAGGUGCACUUUUUCUCCGGCUGAUCGGAGGCGUAAUGCUCGUCUCGUUCACGAAGUCUCAAUUUGCGCCAGUUUGCGUGGCGCGAAUAUCCCUCCAGCAGACACCCCUCACACCAGUUUCGAUCGCCGUACUUGCCCUGGAUGCGAUCAUUGUUGGUGUACUACUGAUCCGGGAGAUAAGUGGAAAGAGCCCCGAUCCGAUGCAGAAGAAGAGCAAAGCCUUGAUAUUCAGUAUCGUUGGGCUUGGUGUCUGGACCGUGACCAGUGUGCCAAUGAUUCUUGGAACGCCUGCCACGGUAGUACUGACACAAACCGUGCUUCCAGCAAAUGGACUCUUGGUCCUUGUUAGCAUUGUCACCAUGUUUCUUGGGGCGUUGACCUUGGCACGAGAGGAAAAUGCAGUAACCCCCGAGGCGAGAUCCCCAUUCGUGAAUCCUAUGCCCCCACCUGGAGAGAUAUUUCACGGUAAUCCUGGUGGUAACGGGUCGCCGGUUCUCACCCACAACUAUACAAAGAGCGGAAACUUAUUCAUUGUCAACCCUUCUGCAACACCCAAUGGUUCGCCCAUGGUUUUCCAAAAUAGCUCUCGAGGGGACACGAGAGGAUUUACAAAGCUUGGAAACGAGGUCGAUGUACAAGAGAUAGGCGAGGCUCUGGAAAGACCUGAUCGUCUGUAUCGUGGAUCAACUGGAGUCAUUCCAGCAAUGGUUGCAGCUUCGCAAGCUGCCACUCAGGUUUCUAUGGCACCGCCACUCAGGCCAACCUUCCCAGAAAGGUCCUUGACUACACCGGUAUUUUCAACUUCAUCACCCGUGCAAAAGCGAUCCAUGUUCAACUGGUCUAAGACUCCAGCAAAACCAAGUAUUCGAAGCCUUGGAAUCUCGCAACCAGUCCCGCACCCAAGUGAUGGGCAUCAAUCUGCUGCAAAGAUACCAACGAUCGACCUCACAACAGCGGCAGAUCUGGACCGUAAGCGGAGAGAGGAAGCAUCGGCAAGGUCCAAACUUUUUGCUAGCAGGCCACAAUUUUCGACACGAGAGGCUCUGGCUCCAAGUAGCAAGGGGAAGCCGAAUCCAGUGCCUGGCAAUCCGAUGAUGGUGUUGCCAGUUGUGGUACCAUCUCUAACUGCCACUCAUGUCGCUACAGACGGCACCACUACUUCGGCAUCUAUUUCUCCAGGACGUGAGGAAGUUCGUCGAAGAUCGCCUAGAAAAACGAACAGCUUCGACCCAGCCAGUGAAGAGAAUGCCCCAAAGUCUUCUAUGCAAAGAAAGAACAAUAAUGGACUUCCUCCGAACUCUAAGGCGUCGAGCAUAACAAUGGUGCAAGAGGUCAGCAUAGCCAAACCACAAACUGUCAUGUUCAUCAACGAUAUCGUGUAUGAUAACCCCGGAAUGGUGAACACGAUCAUCAACGCAUCUGCUCCGAACUCGAAGAUCAUUGCUUCGGUUAGGACAGGUCCACUGAAAUCUUCAGAUUCCAUCAUCCACCGCCCACGACCACCUUACAAGAGAAAUACCUCAUGCUCCAAUCGAGCAUUGUUUCCAAGCGAGCAAUCUCUCGGUCAUGUGCGCAGCAAGUCCGUCUCUGCCAUACCUAGAAUGUCUGAUUUUCUGUCUCUGUCCGGAAGCCCAACUCAACUACCGGCCUUACCAGCACCGCCAAACACCAGAGCAGCUUACCUCAAGAGACUUCUCCCCAGUGAUACUGAGAGCAUGUCUCUUGACGAGAAGAUUGAGUUCCUCUUCCCAGCUACACCCGGACCUGGCACAGCUCGCCGUCGCCGAUCCUCUGUUCCUUCGCUUCCGCGUGUGCCCUCUAUGUACUUGUCCGAAGAGACAAGGUUACAGAGCCCGACUGAGGAACAGCAACUAACUCAGAAGGCAUUUGAAGGGACAAUGAUUGCUCCAGGCAUUCCACUAAAAUCGCUCAAACGGCAAACCAUAAAGUCACCUCGGUCUGAGGAUCAAGACUUCCCUGUCAGCACGGAUCUAUACAAGACCAUAGCCCACGAGGUUGGGGAAAUUUGGAAUCCAGCUAGUCAUGAGGGCUCUAUUGGCGAUGCCUCAACUUACUGGGAAUCCAUUCAGUCCGAAGUUUCACCCGUCGAUCUUUCGAGGGCGAGGGAAAAUGGCGGUUCCCCGUAUCGUCAACGCCCGGACAGCAUGCGAGAAUUACCACCACUCUCUCAUCAGGAGCUUCGGGAGGAUGAGGCAAUCGUACCCAUGAUGCUGGACUCGGAAGAAAAUCGGCGGUCAUUUGUCAUGAGUGCUGCCGAUAAUUAUAGACCGUCAUCUCUACUGAGUGCAGACCAGUUAUCAUUUGUCGAUAGAACACAUGAUUCUAUCAAGCAUGGAUUUGGCUGGCAUCAUCGGAUCGGCGAUGAUCUUCCAACCUUCUCAGAGAGAUCCAGAUCCAACUUUGUAAAGCGCCAGAUGCCGCCGCCCCCACCUCUUCUUCUACACAGAUCCGGGAGGAGAGCGACUGUCGUUGUCCACAGUGCGGAACCUUCUCCACAAAUUGACUCCCCUGAGCGAGCAAUCGCAGCCAUCCAGGAGCAACUCCGGCGAUUUGAGCAGCAGAAAAGUCGAGGAUCAGUCGCCUCGCUGCUACGACGCAUACCUGGGCCUAACAGCGAAAAUGAACGUGGCCAAGAUACUGGUCGGUUCAGGCUUCUGGAAACCCUUGAGAAAGAGAUGGGGCAGCAGGAGAACCAAUGGCAACGGAUGCAGAGUAAUCUCGGCCGGGACUCAAUAUCCAUAUCCCCCUACGCUCAGGCCGAAGCAGAGAACAGCACGUCUCAAAAGACAACACAAGGGUCGCCUAACACGCCUUCCAUGGCUUCGUCCAUCAGAGCUCGUUUCAGAAGCAGCACGACUGUCCGACUCAAGAGUGAUGGAUCCAACCUUACUACACUCACUGCAAUUUCCGAGAAUUCCAGAGCUUCUAUUUGGCAACAACGCCUGGCAGAGGCCCAAAUGGAAUACAUUGAGAAUGCUCCAGAUUUGCUACGCAAGAGCUUGAACUUCCUCUCCGUAACAAAGGGUAAGCCGUCAUUCGUGAGCUCAACUCCUCCCGACAGUGGGGAAUCUGAGACCGAGCUUGAAACAGACUUCGAGUCAGACUCGGAUACUGAAGCUAUGAAGCAAUAUCAACCUCCUCGAAAAGUCUUUAAAGAGGCUGUGACACUUUGGCGGCCAUCAACUAUUUCACCAGAGGAAGCUACGGGUCAUAUGUGGAGUUCUCCAUACGGGACCUCAAGCACUUCAGAGGCGACUUCUGAACCACCUGCGAAGAAUAUGCGGCCAGCACAGCGUCUUUUUGAGCAUGUUCUUCCGAUUUUCAGCACCGAGCUCUGGAUUGAGUCCAGCUCAUUGGGAUACAGCCGACCAGUUGUUGGUCUCUGGGGAUCGAAAACUGUUAGCCAAACAGGUAUCAGUACUCGUCCUGCAAGACAGCGGCCUCAACGCAAGAGCAAGAGGAUGACCUUCCUCCCCGAUAUUGUUGAGAGUCCCCUUCCUAUCCUAAAUAAGAGGGAUACCCUGGGUAUCUUCCAAUUUUCUUCGGGGGAGUUGUCUGAUCAACCUAUCUUAACUUCUGAUCCCGCCCUUCUUAAACGUCCAGUACUACCAGCCCUGGCAUCCAAGUUUGACACCAGAUCUAGGCAACUUGAGCCUGAGAAGUCAGAAUACUCGUCCUCGUUGUUCGACGAAUACGAAGAGGAAGAUUCAGACUUGAAUCACGCAGCAAGCGAUGACGAAUUCGACGAGUCUACUCUGUGGGAAAUUGCCGACCUGCUCAACUCUCCCGAUGCGCCUUCUCAAGCUAGUCUCUUGCCUGCUCGUAGAGAUCAAGCUAUCCAAGAUUAUGACGAUUUCCCGGAAACACAAGGCUCAGAGCCUGUUUCACCCAUACUCAGCCGCUUGCCCAUCCAACCUCCCGCCUUCGCAACCAGAGCUACAGCACAACUUUGGGCUGGUAGAGUUUAUGGAUUCAACAAGCCAGCUGCGGCUGGCUUACCUCAACCUGAGUCCGCCAUCUGGAAUGCAUUGGUCGCUUUGGCGGACGAUGUUGUCCGAGUGAGGCCCCGUUCAUCUCAAGCGCUACCUGUUCUGUCUUCAAUGGAAUUGUGGGUUGCACCUGCUGCACAAGCCCCAACCGCUCCUGCCUCUUCCAUGUGGAGCAAUGCCAAAACCGAGAAAUCGUCUGGUUUGGUCACCUCGUUUCCUACCACACUAAUGUGGUCUCAACCCACCACACAUGAGGAGACCAUAAUCCCAGGCCUUUUUAAUGCAUCCAUCUUGAGAUCGAACUACCGAUCAAGUGAUACAAUUCCAGCAGUGAUCAGCAUGGUCUCCAAGCCCCGGAAAUCCUUGGCUCCCUUGAGCAUCUUGACACCGACAUCCACGAGACUCUGGAGCGGAGACGAAAGGCAAGGGGUGGAGGUCGAUUGGAUAUCAAUCUCAUCCACCCGGCCCGAGUCACCCUCCGUCUACUCAACAGCCUCGUCUGGCACCACGUCACCAGUAUCUGACGCUUUCUCGGCCAGGUCGUCAAGCACCAACGCUUCAUCUACCUGGUCGGCUGACACAUCAACUCUUGCCCUUAAAUGGGGGAGUGCGGACAAAUCGCCGGUCAACACUUCAAAAGACGAUAGCAAGCACCCAUCCAGGAUCCCAGUCCGCCAGCCACCCCAGCAAAAUCUGGCUUCUGUACGAGAAUCAAGUGUCCUUUCUUCGCGAGACCUCUGGGAAUCGAGGGCUCCAGCUCCGGAGAAGACUGCUGUCGUCAGAAAGUUCCGAAGAGCAUCUACUACCCAGCCAAAUGCUCUGUCCGCACUCAAGCUGAAGCUCCAGCGCAAACGCAUGGUUUAUUCUCCAGCAGAAUGGGAGAAAUCGCUUGCUGAGGCAAUUGCUGCCGGCCUACCGAUAAAUAUUUCGUGCCCACCACCAGUCGCUGGCACAUCUGACUGGGAGGCAGCACUCGCUGAAGUUACUUCUGAGGAGGCAACACCUCGCUUACGCCGUCCAGCUGCGAUGAAAUCUGAUUGGGAAACUGCACUCUCCCGAGCUGUUUUCAAAUCCAGCUCGCCCAUGACUUAUAGCCCAGAAAAAUGGGAAGCUGCUUUACUUGAAGCUAUCAAUGCUGGCACAGUCACAAUUCCGAACGUUGCCAAAAUUCACCCAGCUACUGUGAGACGUUCCCUCCCAAUGCCUGGUCUGUGGACAUCAUCCGUGAUUGCUAGUAUUCCAACGUCUACAGCGAUGUGGUCAAAGACUACCGUGCCUCUCCGUGCUGUAGCGGUCGAGAUGAAUCUCGUUGCCGCGGCUCCUCGCAAAGCAUCAGCGACGAUAAUCUUUGAGCUACCAAUGUUGAAGUCUCAAUCUCUCUGGACACCACUCCACGCUGCGAAAGAGAACAAGGAUUGGCUGGGUUUGACUGCUAGGAAGCCAACAUUUGCUCAAACCUGGACUCCUCGAGCAAUGCCAGGUGGUGCGGAGAAAAUCGAGAGCUUGUGGACCACCAAGACAGUAUCCGCGCCGCCGAUGCCAGAUAUGUUCGCUCACGUAAAGAGAAGCCAUUUUAAACCAGCAUCAAAUCCAAGCCGACCCUCUCCUCUACCGCGCCUGGACUCGGUUCAGCUUUUUGCCCUCGACUCAACUGCACCAACUGAAAAUUCCACACACUGGCUCCAUAAGACAUCCGUCGACACAUCUGUAGCUGUAGCACCGAAAGUUCUGAACCGAUCAAUGACCUGGACUGCUCGGGCAUCAGAGCCAUCGAUAAAGCAACAGUGUAGCAUGUGGCAAGCACGACCGACAACCACCCAUGCUUCGCCAGACCUAUUCCAGAACAUACCCAGCGAGUCCUGGAGCCGUACCAAGAGAGACUUCGAGGCUUUCAUGCCUAUAAAGAGUACCGAAUUAUGGCAACCCCCAAUGGAGAUGCCUGUAAGUGUUAAGAACUGGAUCGUCAACUAA